AUAGCAACGGGUACAUAACCUCAAACGCGGAACGUCAUCACAUCACCCAAAUCUGAAACACAUCAGUAAACGAUACUCCUUAUCGCAAACAAGUCUAUUUCAAAAUAAUACGUUUAAUAAGUAUCUUUCUUGCCUUUUAACCAAAGAUUUUUUUGAAAAAAAACCAACAGAAAAUGUUAACGGAAGCUACAACAGUGGUGGACCAAGCAAGCCAUACCAAAGAUGCGAUUAUCGAUUUUACUGCUGGAUCACUAGGUGGUAUUGCCUUAGUUUAUGUAGGCCAACCUUUGGAUACCAUAAAAGUCAAAAUGCAAACCUUUCCAGGGCAAUACAAUACGAUGAUAAAAUGUUUUAAACAAACGCUCGCUGUGGAUGGUGUUUAUUCUGGUUUAUACGCGGGUACAGUUCCGGCUUUAGCUGCAAAUGUAGCUGAAAAUUCUGUUUUAUUUUUGGGCUAUGGUUUCUGUCAAAAGUUUAUGCAAAAAGUAACUGGAGCUGAAAGCAUAGAAAGUUUAAGCACUAUAAGUAAUGCAUCGGCUGGGUGCUUAGCAGCGUUUUUUUCCUCAUUGGUUUUAUGCCCUACGGAGCUAGUUAAAUGUAAAUUACAAGCUAUGCAUGAAGUUAAUAAUCAAGAGGGAAUUACAAUGAAACGAGUGGGCCCUGUUGAUUUAGUUGGGAAAAUUCUGAAGACUGAGGGAAUAAAGGGAAUGUUUAAGGGUUUGGUGGCAACUUUAGCAAGAGAAAUGCCGGGGUAUUUUGUAUUUUUUGGUGGAUAUGAAGGUACACGUGCGCUUUUAACGAGACCGGGUCAAAAAAAAGACGAUAUAGGCGUUGGAAGAACAAUGAUCGCCGGUGCAAUAGGAGGACUUAUUUUCUGGACCGUCACAUAUCCGGCGGAUGUUGUAAAAUCACGUGUACAGAUUAGUAAAAAAACGGCGACAAAAGGAUUGGUUGGAAUGCUUUAUCAAAUCGGUAGAAAUGAAGGUGUUCGUGCUUUAUACAGUGGAUUAACUCCCACUUUGGUACGAACGGUUCCGGCUACUGCCGUUCUAUUUCUUACCUAUGAGUAUUCAAAGAAAGUUUUACACCAAAUAUUUUGACAAAUUUUCGUUUUUUUCCGGCUGUUUACACCAAAGAUAAUUAUUUAUAUGUUUUUAAAUUUUG